UCUUUCACAAGUCACCACCAUGGAAUCAACACUUCACAUUUUUAUCGCACUCUACACGGGUGCAUACAAAGUAAAUAUUGUAGUGGCAGCACCAGUUCCAAACUCUGCAAAGCCAACAGAGGAUUAUGAGCCGGCGAUUCCGACGCUCUAUAAAACCAUCGAGUAAUACUGUACAAGUGGACAGCUCUCCCACAUUGGAAUAUUGCUCUUUAUGCAGAGGAUACACUUCACCGAUUGUUGGCCUUGAAGAGGAUAUUCAACUGACGCAAAGGUUUCCUUGAAGAAUAUUGUUUCUGUGAAAGCAUGGACCCAGAUAAAACUGAACUGCAGCCAUUUCUCCACCUGAGUUAACCUGGUUAUGAGAACGUGUAUUCCCAUAGCAAAUUGGCAGGAGGCAACAUGUUUCUGGAGGCUGUCCAGUGGGGGGCGUGGAGCAUCCUGAUUCUGUGGGUGGCAGGGGCAUCUACAGCUCCCGAGCUCUCAAGGCCCUGCCCUCAGCAGUGCGAGUGCCACCAGGGGACAAAGGAGGUGAACUGUUCCAGGAGGCAGCUGACUUCUGUGCCCGAGAGUGUCUCGAGUGACUCCCGGCGCCUGGAUUUAGCUCACAACCAUCUGAAGACACUCAGCCGUAGGCAGUUCUCGGGCCUGGCUCAGCUACAGGAGCUGGACCUGAGCAACAACAUCAUCUCCAUGAUUGAGGUUGAGGCGUUCCAGGGUCUGCAAAGCCUUCAGAUCCUUCGGAUCAAGAGCAACCGUUUGAAGAUCAUUCCCGUGGGUGUUUUCUCAGGACUGUCAAGCCUACGUACCCUGGACAUCAGCAAGAAUGAAAUCCUGGUUUUCCUGGACUACACCUUCCGUGAGCUGAUCAGUCUGCAGCAGCUGGAGGCUGGGGAAAAUGACCUGGUUUUCAUUUCACAACGGGCAUUCAUGGGUCUCCAAAACCUGCAGGUGCUCAACCUGGACAGCUGCAACCUGACCUCCAUUCCCAUUGAGGCCCUGUCUCAGCUCCAGAAUCUCACAAGAAUGCACCUGCGCCGGGUAAGCAUUAGCAUUCUGCCAAGCGCCUCCUUCCACCGGUUGAGCCACUUGCGCGAUCUAAGAAUCUCACAGUGGGCUUCUCUAGACACUCUGACCAGCAAAAGUCUCACUGGACUUAACCUCACCUCCCUAUCUAUAAAUAAAUGCAACCUCAGUACUGUCCCCUAUGCCUCUAUCCAGCAUCUAGUCUUCCUCCGCUAUUUGGAUCUUUCGUACAAUCCCAUCACUGUGGUGCGUGGGAACUUGCUUGCUGACCUGAUCCAUCUCCAGGAGUUCCACUUGGCGGGGGGCCGCCUGGUCAGGAUCGAGCCGGAGGCCUUCAAGGGACUUGCUUACUUGCGCCUGCUCAACGUUUCCUCAAACCAGCUGCCAACACUGGAGGAGGGAGCCCUUCACUCUGUAGGGAAUCUGGAGACCCUGCGGCUCGAUAACAAUCCUCUGUCCUGUGACUGCCGAUUGCUUUGGGUGGUACAGCGUCGUCUGCAGCUGGACUUUGAUGGGUACCAGCCCUACUGCUCAGCCCCAGCUGUUGUGCGGGGUCGUGCAUUCUGGGACUUUACAGAGGUUGAGUUGCCAGGUCUGUUCACCUGUCGACAGGCCCAGAUCCUGGACCGCAAACCCCAGGAUGUUAGGGUGGAAGAGGGCAGCAGAGCACUCUUUCAUUGUAUGGCGAAUGGGGACCCCCCUCCCUCCAUCACCUGGAUGACCUCCCAGCAUGUUGUCCUUUUAAACACUGGCAGGAUCAGAGUUUCAACCAACGGGACACUGGAGAUACGGUAUGCUCAAGUUCAGGACAGUGGCUCUUAUCUGUGUACAGCAAGUAACAUUGCUGGGAAUGACAGUUUUUCUGUCAGCCUGCAAGUGUCAGCUGUCCCCAACUCCCGGAACCGCACUGCACCCUACUUUUCUGAAGUGGUAUGGACAGUACCCUCCACUCCCACUGCCACCAACUCCUCUGCCCCAGCCCCUGACCCCUUCCCAUUUGAUGCCAAGACUCUCAUUAUUGCCAUGACCAUGGGCUUCCUGUCCUUCCUCAGCUCAGUAAUCAUCUGCUUUGUUUUCAUGUUCGUCUGGAGUCAGAGCCAGGGACAGAUCAAGCACACUGCCACCAUCAAUUUUGUUCCCCGUGCCUCGAAGAGUGGCGGCGGUGGGGAUGGUAAUGACUCAGGCAGGUUCACCAUGAAGCUGAUUUAAAUAUGGCCCAGAGUGGGCCCUUCUCAACAUACAAAGUGAAUUUAAGAUGCAAGGUGCUGUGAAUUUGUCAGGGGUGGACACCACAGCUACCACUGAUGUUAACGAGGAACAAUGCAGUAGAUGAAGUGGCUUGGGUUUCUCAGACAUGGAUGAGAAGCAGGGUUUCAAUGCAAUCAGAGUAUUGUUAUCUCCACAUCAUACAUCCAUGCUUAGCCUUUCUGUAAUGAGACAUGCACAUCAUGCUUGAUUAUAUGACAUAAGAUUAUAACAUUUUAUAGGGGCAGUUUGCCCAAAAAUGAAAUUAAGGGGGGAAGUGUAACAAGUAAAUAGUAUGUGUAUAACACUAUGAGGAGUGCUAGAAGUUAAAUGAACAGCUAAACAAUGCAAAUCACUGUCAAACAUGACUAUACUACAGUAUGUUAAUUAUCUUUUCACCUUAAUGCAAAACAAAAUGGAAGUCCUGACAAAGACCGCUAUUUUAAAUGUAUUGACUCAAUUCUGGAAACAAUAAAUGGUCCUUCCAAUAUUUAUUAUUUCUGCCUGUGAGUUACAAACUUUAUAGCCCAGUUCAUUGAAUCAGCUCAGAUUUCAUUUUUGUGGUAGGCAUGUUCUGUAAUAGGAUCAAUAAGUAAUUAUAAUUAUCGAUUGUUAAAAAUAGGAAUAAAUUUGAUCAGAUUUUAAUGUUUCCCCUCGCUUGGUACAAUAUGUAUUGACAUGACUAUCAAUAUAUGUAUAUUAUUUAUCUUUUUGUUAAGGUAAUUCCAUUUUGAAAUUCAGUGUAUAUGAGCAAAAUACAGUUUAAUACAAAAGCUGCUUUUAGGACUGAUUAAUCUAUGUAUUAAUUCAAGAAAUAAAUUCAAGAAAUAGUGCGUGGAAUGCAUGUAUUUAUGGUUAUAAGCAGUGCAUUUAAGGCAUAUUACAAUCAGCAUACAAAGCAUCAAUAAUAUGGGUAGUAUCCAUUCAAAAAUGGUAGACUGUGGCCAUAAAGGGAUGCACAUUGUCAGCAACAAUGUUUACUGUUGGUAUGUUAUAGCAUUCAAAUGAUGCUCGGUUGAUAUUGAGGGGCCUAAUGUGUGCCAAGAAAACAUUCCCCACACAAGUACACUAUAACCACCGCAAGCAUUUACCAUUGACACAAGGCAGGAAGGAUCCAUGGAUUCACGCUGUUUACACCAAAUUCUGACUCUACCGUCUGCAUGUAGCAGGAAAAAUCAACAUUCGUCAGACCAGAUGUCGUUUUUCCAGUGUUCAAUCGUCCAGUUUUGGUGAUCAUGUGCCCACUGUAGCCUCAUCUUCAUGUUCUUAGCUGACAGGAGUAGAACCCAGCAUGGUUUUCUGUUGCUGUAGUCAAUCUGUUUCAAGGUUUGAUGUGUUGUGUGUUGAGAGAUGCCCUUCUGCUGUAAACAGC